AUGGAAAUAAUUUUUUUUGUGGGAUUUAACUUUUUCUCUUUUUUUUUUCUUUUAAAAUCGAAAGUACGGAGUAUUAUUAGUUUUGCUUCGAGAGGGAGAGACCAUACUAUAUUAGGAAGGUAUGCGCUCACCUUUGUUGUACGGUGUGUCUCCCCACACGCUCUCCAUGGAACUAGCCGGCGACCACUUUCCGGCCUGUAAAUAUCUAAACUCCGCCGCCGCACCACCGCCGGCAAAUUCACCGAACAAGAUCCUGGCGUCGAAGAGGAGGAAAAAGGACGACGACGGGAAACACCCGAUAUACCGCGGCGUGCGGAAGCGGAGCUGGGGGAGGUGGGUGUCGGAGAUCCGAGAGCCGAGGAAGAAGACGAGGAUAUGGCUGGGGACAUUUGCCACCGCGGAGAUGGCGGCGCGGGCCCACGACGUGGCGGCGAUCGCCAUCAAGGGGCCGUCCGCGGUCCUCAAUUUCCCCGGCUUAGCGCCCGGCCUCCCCAGACCGGCCUCUAAAUCCGCCAAGGACAUCCAGGCGGCCGCCGCAAAAGCCGCCGCGCUCGACUGCUCAGAGCCGACCCGACCCGAUCCGCCGUCAUCUCCGGAGGAGAAUCCGACUUCGGAAUCCACGGCGACGUCUCUGAGCAGGGACGACGACGACGACCCGUUUCUCGAUUUGCCGGAUCUUCUAUCCGACCCGACCCGAAGAGCCGCCGAUAUCGGGUUCAUUUCGCCGUGGCUCCAGCUGGCAGCUGGAUUCGAGCCGUUUCACGCGGAUAUUUGGUCAGGGGAUGAGAAUUUACUUUGGGAUUAAAUUUAGAGGUAAAUCCAAAAAAAAAAAAAGCGAGUGCGGUAAAUCUGCAUGGCUCAAAGAGUGGUUCGCAGUAAAAAAAAUUAUUUACUCCGUGUGAAAGCUAGCUAAGGCAUCAAUCAAUUCUUUACCACGUGACUGUUACAGGCAUGAACAAUUUCAUGUACUGUAAUUAAUUUUUUUACGGUGGAAAUAUGCUCAAAAAAAUUACGGCGGAAUAAAACGUUAUAUGUAUU